CUAAUCUUUGGUUUUAAACUCGAUUUACACCAUUUAAUCGGUUUUAAAAUUCACUUCUUCUCCUUCUAAACUUCAUUCUCUGCUCUUUUGAUUCACUUGCUUUCUUUUCUCUACUCUUGCUGAAGGAAACACCAUGGAUGGUGAUCAAGAAAGAAAGAGGGUUUCUUCAAGACAUGCUGCACGUGGUUUUGCUAUUAUCAACGAGAGGAUCCAGCCCCUGCUUGGACCGGUUCAUGCCAGUUUAAGGAGAAGAGAGAUAAGCCGCGGGAAGAGGGUUGUGGAAGCGGAUUUAGAACCCACACCAGAAGAAGAAGCUGUUGAAAUGGAGGAAGAAAUCAAACCUGCUAAGCCAGCCAAAAGGACAAGAAAGAAGAAGAAGCCUCCUACUCCUGAGGAGUACUAUAGCUAUCUCAAGUCAAUGGAUUUCGAAGGCACAAGACAUCCUCAUCGAGAAACGAUGGCUGCUUUGGGAAUUGCUGAAGAUGUGGACUACCUUGCUGAGACGUGCGGUUUAAAAACCUUCCUGGGGUAUAGUUUCGAGGGAUAUCAAGAGGAGACCUGCCAGCUCCUAGCUACUCUCGACGUACACUUCUACGCGGAUGAACAAGAAGAAGAGAAUGAGAGAGGUUUUGGAUACAUCACGUUCUCUGUCAAGGGAAGAGACCACUCACUAACGAUCAGGGAGCUCAAUCUCUUGUAUGGAUUCCCGAGCAAAGAGGGAUUGGUGCAAAAUUUCGAUAAGCGCGAACUCCAAGCCUUCUGGAAGACGAUCGCCGGACCAGGAGAUUACAUACCUUCGAAAAGCAAGAGUUCCUCUAUUAGAAGCCCAGUGGUGAGGUAUCUACACCAGUCCAUUGCUAGCAUGUUCUUUGCAAAGAAGAUCACCGGUACCAUGAGUGAAGGAGACGCUUCCCCAACUUGGAUCGAUAUGGCGUACCUAAGGAAGAAGGGCUACCUUGAUAAAACAGCUCCUGACGGUGUGUUGCUCUAUGUAUUCAACCACCCUGAAGAAGGAACUUCUAGGCUGCUUCUACCAUGCACGAAUCACACCACGAUUAGGGCUGGUGAGAACAUCGACUUCUGCCCACCAUCCUUCAUUCUCUACGAUUCACAAGUCGCCCCUGCCUCUCCACCGCCUCAAGCAAUGCACGAGGACGACCAGGAGCAAACCCAAGACGCUCCUGAUGAUUAUGCACCAGAGCGGUUCUUCUUCGAGGAAUACAAAGCUCCUAGGCAGACCAAAAGCGAGAGAGAAGCUCACAAGCGCAUAGGACUCCUGCAAGGGUUGGGAAAGUUUCAAGGGAAGGCAAUGCGAGGAUUGUCAAAGAAGGUAGACUCAUUGACCACCAUGGUGAAGAAGAUGGCGCUUCAGAUCACAGACCUCCAGAAGAAGUCCAAGCAUUCCCCAUCAUCAUCAGAAGAGAGAGGUACUUUGAGAAGAAGCGGUUCCUCAAGCAUGGCUCCAAGACACGCGGUAAAGGCUGAUCCUCCCAGAUAUUCAUCCUUUGAACCGCGCCAGAGGGAAAGCCAAGAGGAGUCUGCACCACUCCCCAAACGUUCGCAAAGGCAUCGCAGCAAGCAGAAGGUUCAGCGGCCAAGUCCAGAGGCAGACUCGACCAGGGAGCUCGAUGACACGUCGAGUCUGCACGUCGAGCAGCCUGCUCCAGAGCCAACUGAUCCUCCCUACAUGCAGGACAACAUCGACGUCGAGCAGCCUCUUCCAGAGUCAAGCACAGCUCCUUCUUACACGCAGGAGAGCAUGGAUGAGUUCCUCGACACCUACUUCGCAUAAAACCAAAGAUAAGAAACUUAUUACUUAUUU